UUUUGUUUCAUUGGACUUUGUGUCUGGCAGUCUCGCAGUUUGGACAUAAAAAACAUGAUGCAUUUUGCGUUAAUUUUUAGUACGUUCUAUAACAAAUGAUUAUCAAGCCGCGGCGUUAGGAUGACCGAUUGAACAGUAAAAUAAACAAUAAACACUGACCACGAACAAGAAACUUGUUUAAUCCAGUUUGAUCCAGUUUGCUCCAGCUUGCUCCAGGCAGAUAUAACCGUUCCAAAGCGUGCUAACAAAUCUUCAUAGCCGACAGGGACGUUGAGCGAGCAACACACAAAUUACUGUUAUUCCAGAGAUUUAAAUGGAUCAGUUGAAAAAGGGAUUUGGGAGAGUUGAAGAAAACGAGUACCAAAUAGCAAGACGUAGAACAUAUCUGAAGAUCGAUUUGGAUAUCUUAUCAAGGAAUGUGUCCAUUCUGAAUAGUCUUUGUUCUUCUAACACAGAAAUUCUAGCCGUAGUGAAAGGUAAUGCCUACGGUCACGGCAGUGUGGAGAUAGCCAAGCACCUGGUAGACAUUGGUGUCAAACACUUCGCUGUGGCGUCACCUGGAGAGGGGAUCGAUCUUAGGAAAGCCGGCAUUGAUUCUUAUAUACAAAUAUUCGGUAAUGCUUGCGAGGAGGAGAUUCCAGAUUUGAUAGAAUAUGACCUUGUGCCUACAGUUGGUUCUGUAGAGUUCCUGCGCGAAUGGGCCUUGUAUUCGCAGAACUUGUGUCCAGAAUAUCUCUUUGAAGAAAAUUAUGAGUUCCAUCGUCCAGUUGUGAUCAAGGUUGACACCGGUAUGUCUAGAAAUGGAUUCCAACCAGAACAGCUUGAUGAUGUUGUCAGCUACUGUGACGAGAAUGGUGUUCGGAUACACAGCAUUAUGACGCACUUUGCAGCGGCCUGGGAUGAUCAAGCAUUUACAACAUUGCAACUUGAAUCAUUCCUUAAUGUUGCUGCCAAAUACAGAUCCAGAGGGAUAAAACUUCACGCGGCAAAUUCAGCUGGUACCUUACUUGGUUAUGGGAACGACUUGGACUUUGUCCGUCCAGGGAUAGCAAUGUACGGCUUACCGCCAGAUACCACAGCGUUCGCUAUAGACAUGUACAAUCGUCUGGGUCUACGGCCGAUAUUGUCAUGGAUGGCAAAACCAAAUCUCGUCAAAACGAUGAGUGAAGGUCGUACUGUCGGAUACGACAACACACAUAGGUGUGAAGAAGGGGAGAUAAUUGCAACCAUAUCAGUGGGAUACGCUGACGGUUAUAACAGGUUGUUGUCGGGGAAAGGAAUUAUCACAACAGAAAAUGGUGCCGAAUGUCCUGUGAUUGGACGUGUGUCAAUGGACGCAAUCUCGGUGAGACUGCCGUAUCAUGAAGACAAAUGCAGUAAUUUCUACAUCUUCAAGAACGACUUUACUUCUCCCAACUCUGUAGUGGAACUGGCGAAACAGCUGCACACAAUUACCUAUGACGUAGUUACAAGUCUUGCUGCACGACUUGCUCGUGUCUACGCAGUCAAAGGUUCCAUAUAUCUGACAAGAACGUGAAGCACGUGACUAUUUCCAACAUGGAGAAAAAAAAGAGACGAUUAGGAAGGAGGAAUGAUACGUUCGAAUAGGUCACGGGCAGAAAGGUCAAGCGUCGUAGAUCGCGAAAUGCGCCCGGCUCGUAUCGCAACGCAGAGCCGCACCGGGAGAAAGACAGAGAGAUGUGAAACAACAUUAUUGUGCAACUUCUAAUCAGGGACCACUUGUCUGAGAAAUAUUUUGUCAUUCAAUUUAACUUACAACUAAGUAUAAGGUCUACAGCAUUAUCCACAGAUGGCAGCUGUGUACAUACUUGUAGUAAAUACAGAUGUAUUGUAUAAAACACACUUAAAGAUAUCUUUUAUAAACGAAUGUCACAAUGUACAUACAUGUAUUUUGUAGUUGUAAAUACUAGUAUAUACACAUGAAUCUCUUCUCGCGUACAUAAUGUGUACAGUUUAUACAUUUACUCGUUGUUUUACGUAAAAUCCAUUUAUUUUUUCAUUUUUAUAACAUCAUUUUAUGUUUGUGUUGAUGCAACUUUUAUAAUAGCUUUAAUGUGUAUGAAACUGAUCUUUUAAUAAAUUUUAACUUUC